AUGAAAUCUAAAGCCCAUUAUACACACCAAAAUCAGUUCCCCAAUAAGGUCCAGUUGCGGCCCAAUGCGAUUGUACCAGUUGACUUCACUAAAUCUGUGAGAAUCUCGGCAAGCUUUCUAAUCUUCACGUUCUCCAGUUUCCGUCGCCUCUCUGGUUCGCUCUCCAGCAGGUACUUCGCUUCUUCCCUCACCGGUUCCAUCUUUCUCCGGCGAUUUCCUGUUUUCGUGCGGCGGAGCAUGGAACAAGAAUUGGUGACUCACAAUGGGGGAUGCCAUUGCGGCAAAGUGAGAUGGCGAGUGCGAGCACCAAGCAGCGUUGUGGCUUGGCACUGCAGCUGUUCCGACUGCUCAAUGAGAGGGAACGUCCACUUCAUUGUCCCAUCCGGGAGCUUCGAGCUGCUUGGGGAUUCAGAAAACUACAUCACCACCUACACAUUCGGCACUCACACAGCCAAACACACCUUCUGCAAGAUCUGUGGGAUCACUUCCUUCUACACUCCGCGAUCCAAUCCAGAUGGUUUCGCGGUCACGUUCAGGUGCGUGGAUCCUGGAACUCUGACCCAUGUUGAGAUCAAGGAGUUUGACGGCAAGAAUUGGGAGGGCUCCUAUUCUCAAUCAGACAUUGCUUCAUGCUCAAAGGACGUGGCUUCUUGAUUUGGGAAUGGGCGAGAGAGAGAGACUAAGCGAAAGAGCAUGAACGAAAUGGAUUGACAUGCUUGAAAUGUUGAUUGUUAUCUUAAGCAUAUGCUCUGUUUUUCUGGUUGCGAAUGCCAAGAACGCAAGAAGGACAAGUUGUUUUUCCUCAUUUGUGUAUAAUGGAGUUACUUCUUUCAGAAUCAAAUUGGUUUAUAGGAUCACAGUCUGGCUUAUAUCUUCAUUAGGUUCAGCCAUUGAAGACGAUUAAGGUCCACCCUCUAUCAAUGCAUCAUUGACCUUGUCACGAAAUCACUUCAUCUUCUCCUUGUCCAUGCUUCCGUCAAGCUCUUGGUUCCUUCUUCAGCCGCUACACAGUUUCUCCACUUUCCACUAUCUUCCAUGCCCGUUGAUUGACACAAAGUAUUAGUAAGAUCUUCGAAUCACCCGAGAUUGUUACAUCUAGUAGUAGUAAGAUCAUAGAUCGUUGUUACUCACAUCUCCAAUAAAUUCAGCGAUCGAAGACGAAGAAGAUCCGCCAUCUGUCAAUGCACCCCUGACUAGAUCACUAAAUCCCUUCAUUCUCCCCUUCCUGGAGCAAUCCUCCAUCAAGCUUCUGAUUCCUCUCUCCAGUUCCUCAGCCGACACGACCUCCUCACUCUCGCUCCGAUAGUCCAUCCUAACCUCCGUGGCUAUCUCCAGUUCCUCCACCAACAAGAACGCAUUGAACUGCUGCUCCGCGUACAUCGGCCAUGUAGCCAUCGGCACCCCAAACCACACGCUCUCCAGCGUCGAAUUCCACCCGCAGUGAGAUACGAACCCUCCGAUCGACUUAUGAGCCAGAACAGCCGCCUGUGGCACCCAUCCCAUCACCCUUCCUACUUCCGCCGUCCGGUCGAGAAACCCUUCCGGCAAAACCUCCCUGACAUCUUCAUAAUCCGUCGGGCUAGCCCACGGUCCUCCUUCCCCAGGUCGACGCAGGGACCAUAAAAACCUGUGCCCGCUUCCCUCCAGCGCGGAGGCGAUCUCUCUCACCUGCUCCCCACGGAAGGCUCCCAUGCUCCCGAAGCAGAGGAACACCACCGACGACUCUGGUUGCUGGUCUAACCAUUCGAUCGUCUCGUCGUCCUCCCUACGCGACUUCUCGCCCUUCAGGUUCAAAAUUGGUCCGACCGGAUACACCUUGGGGAUGUUCUUCCCACGGGAGAGAGACUCGAGCGCGUACGACUCCAACUCCCUCACCGUAUUGACCAGAAUACCCUUCGUUUUCCUGAAAUUCCUUGUGAUUGUGUAUACCAAAGCCACCCAUUCUUUGUUCAGGAAGCCGGAAGGGAUAACCUUACUUGGAACUGGGCGGGUCAAACCGGGGCAAGCCAACUCGGCUUCCUUGAGCUCGGUAACGUCAAACCCUUCCUCGUCGUGGGAUUCCUGGACGUGGAGCUGAAAUCGGAGGAAAGCGGCGCCGGAGGUGAAGUAAAUGUACGAGGGAGCGCCGAAUUCCUCCGCCAGAUCCAACAUCGAGGUGCAGAGCAUGUCGAGGACGAAGCCGGCGAGUCGAGCCCCGGAGCGAGCGAGCUCGGCGGAGACGGCUUCUCUGAUUCGGGGCUUGUGAGACUCGAUCAUAGGGGUGAAAUUGGCGGCGGGGGAUGGCUGGCCUCCGCCGUCGUCUUUGGGGAGGCGGAGGAGGUUCACGCGCGGGGUUGGGGCGAGUGAGUCGAUGUAGCGGGUGACGGCGGCGGCUGUGGAGGGGGAGGUGACGAUGGGGAUGGAGACGGCGAGGGUGGAGUGGCGGCGGACGAGUAGCUUGGCGAGUUCCACCAUGGAGACGAGGUGGCCGGCGGCUGGGAAUGGGAUAAAGAUCAAUUGAUGCUGCUGCUGCUCUGUUUCUUGCUCUGCCAUCGUUUAACGAAUUAGUAGUCGCCCUUCCGGCGGCGGCGGCGGGGUUUUGAACUGUGGUGUGGGGUUUGGAAAAGAGAUGUGGAAGGCGGGGGCUUGGUAAUGGAUCGGUGGA